AUGCCCAGCUGCGGCAUCUUCUGCGUCGACAACGGCAUCAAGUUUCUCCCCAUCGUCUCUCUUGAUGUGCACACUUCCAUCGUUGCGUCAACCUCUCGCACAGUCCUCAGGCAGACGUUUGCAACCACCGGCCGCCCCUUCAGGAACGUGCGGUAUGCCUUUCCUCUCUAUGAUGGCUCAUCGGUCGUCGGGUUCCAAUGCACCAUCGGAUCACGCACCAUCAAGGGCGUCGUCCAGGAGCGGGACGAGGCCAAGCAGGCGUACAACGCCGCAGUUGGGCGGGGAAACACGGCUGCUCUGAUGGAGCAGUCGCUGGAGGCUUCUGACGCCUUCGUCACCUCUCUGGGAAACAUCCCCCGCCGCUGCGAGAGCGUCGAUGUUGAAGUCACGUACCUCGGAGAGUUGAAGCAUGAUGCCCAAGUGGAUGGACUGCGCUUCACCGUCCCCACGAGCUUGGCCCAGCGAUAUGGACAGCAUUCCAUCACCGGCAGCGACGCCAUUACCUUCCAGGGCGGCAAACACAUCAAGAUCACGGUGGACGUCGAUGCCUCUAGCGGUUCGGUCAUCAAGAACAUCCAGUCACCGUCGCACCCAAUCGCUGUCAGCAUUGGCACUCUGUCCACGGCCGCAUCUGAUCCGCCAUCUCUGCAAAGGGCCCAUGCUACUCUGGCUCAGGACGCGGUCGUGCUGGGCAGUGACUUUGUCCUUCAGGUUGUCGCCACCGGUCUUGGUGACCCAAUGGCUGUUCUCGAAAACCAUCCUACAAUCCCAAACCAGAGAGCGCUCAUGACGACGCUCGUCCCAAGAUUCAACCUGCCGAUGGAGAUGGCCGAGGUUGUCUUCAUGUGUGAUAGGAGCGGUAGCAUGGCAGACGGAAACAAGAUGGGCAACGUCAUUGAAGCCCUGAACAUCUUUCUGAAAUCUUUGCCCGUCGGCGUCAAGUUCAACAUCUGCAGCUUCGGCUCGAGCUAUUCGUUCUUGUGGGAGAGGUCAAUGACCUACGACGAGGCCACCUUGGAUGCUGCCACACGCCACGUUGUCGGGUUUGGGGCCGAUCUUGGCGGUACGGAAAUGUUCAAGCCAUUUCAGGAGAUAUUCCAGAGACGCUACAAAGACUUGAACCUCGAGGUGAUUCUGCUCACCGACGGAGGGAUCUGGGACCAGAAAGAGCUGUUCCAGCUCGUUGAUACCCAUGUGGUCGAGAGCAAGGGAGCCAUCCGAGUCUUCGCCUUGGGCGUGGGAAGAGACGUCAGCCAUGCUCUGAUUGAAGGCGUCGCGCGAGCGGGCAAUGGCUUCUCCCAGGCAGUGGCAGAAGACGAAAAGAUGGACAAGAUGCUGGUGAGGAUGCUCAAGGGGGCGCUUACUCCGCAUAUUACCGAUUAUUCUCUCGAAAUCAAGUAUGGGAGCAGGGACGCCGCCCCGUAUGGAGAGACUGCCGACGAUGACUUUGUCGUCAUUGAAAGAGUUAUGGACUCACUGACGUUGGACAUCUCACCCUCCUCGGAUACAACAUCAGAGCCCCCUCCGCAACCCAUGUCACUCUUUGACCAAAGCGUCCAGGACUCGGACUUGGAAAUACCCACAAGUUCCAACUCCGUGACCACGAAGCUCCCGUCCGUGACGGUUCCGCAAUAUCUUCAAGCUCCCUUCCAGAUACCGUCGCUUUUCCCAUUCAGCCGCACGACUGUCUACGUCUUGCUUUCCGACGCAACGCCAGACUGCCAGCCCAAGAGCGUCAUCCUCAAGGGCUCCUCCACUUACGGGCCAGUUGAACUGGAAAUUCCUGUCAGGGUCCUCACCGAAAAGGGCACUACCAUUCACCAGCUGGCGGCACGCAAGGCUGUCCGCGAACUCGAGGACGGCCGCGGAUGGAUCUUUCACGCCAAGGACAGAGAUGGCAAGCUCUUGCAAGAGCAGUUUGAGGGCCAGUUCAGCGAUAUGGUGAAACAAGAGGCAGUCCGCCUGGGGAAGCAAUAUCAGGUUAGCGGCAGGUGGUGCUCCUUUGUUGCCAUUCAAGAUGAUGAU